UGGACGUCGUGUACGAUGCCUGAUCCUAUGGCUCAGGACCCGAUUGAGGCGGAGUCGUGGUCUGAUCCAGACGACCUAGCAGUGGAGUCAGAGCCCGGAGAUUCUGAUGAUGGUCGCGACGAUGGUCCUCUCGCCGAGAUGUUGCGUCCUCGGACGCGUGCUUUCACUACAACCGCUGCGCCGCGUCCCCCUCCCCCUCCACCUCUGCCUUCGAGUGCUCCUGCUUCCACUGCAGCCGCUGCGCAGCAUCCCCCUCCACCUACAGAUCGUCCUGGACAUGGUGAGCAGGGGACUCGGGAGAUUGUUGACGAGGGAGACGACGACGACGACGACGACGAUGACAGGCAGGGGUACGAGGGCAAAAGUGAGGACGAGGAUGAUCUCCGUUAUUCCCCGAGACGCGGACGUGGUGACGACGACGACGACGGCGGCGAUGGUACACAGGCUGCAGGCGGUUUGCGGACGUCGGUUCGACAGCGUGCCGACCGAUGCAGUGGUGCAAACAGGGGAGGCAGUGGUGCAGGCAGGGGUGGGGGGGGUGCACGACACACAGGGGGUGCAGGCCGUGGCGGUGGAGGACGAGCGAGGCGAGAGUCUGCAUCGUCCACUCGCACCGUGCACUGGGUUGAUGAGGAGGCCGCUCCCUCCGCUACAGAGUUUGCAGUGGCGUCUGAGGAGGUCACAGGCGGGUUUGCAGAGGUUGUUGGCGAGGCUGCACAGGUUCGGAGGGCUUCUGCGCAGUUGGGUGCCAGUUUCAGUGGUAUUUUGGAUGUUUCGUUAGGGCUUCCUCCGACACCGGCAGGCGAGCGUGGCAUUGGUGUUGCGGACGCAUCGGCUACGCCCGUCAGUCAGAUACUCAGGGACAUACCUGAAUGCAGCAUGGGUGACAUCAGUAGCAGCAUGUUGCAGGAGGCAACAGAGGGGACACAAGGUUCGUCGGGGCAGCAGGAGCGUGCAGUAGGGAAUGAUGGGGAUUGUCGACCUGUGCAGGAGCGAGCGCCAGAGUCAGAGUGUGGCAGUGCGGGCUGUGGGGAUGCAGGCGAGAGACCCGCGUCGCCGGUUCAGGGUGUUUGUAUAUUGCCUAUAGGUGGAGCCAUGACGGCGGGGGAGUUGGAGCGGCAGGCACGGGAGGACCCAUUGCAGGCAGAUCGACGCGGACGGAUGGAUGAGGCGCCGAGGAGGUUAGUGGCAGAGGGCCCAGCUUACGUUGUCAAGCGGUAGAAUGGCUUUGCCGGCACGCCGCCCAUACCGUAUACCUCGCGCCGCGUCUGUCACCCGCGGGAGGGCUGGUCGGGGCUCCUGUAACCUGCACAAACCACGUCAGUCCAUAUCCACAAAAACAAGGACUGCGACAACCCGAAGCAAAUGCACAAAUGAAUCACAAGUCACCGU